AAUCACAACAGCGUGUUUUUCGGAAGUGAAUUAAAGUUGUUGAGAUGUUGAGUGGACUUUGAACCCGGUGCUUUCCGUGCAGCAGCGGGCUGCUUCCCCCUCGGUUCUAAAUUUAGGUGUCGAGAGUCACACCUCUGUGGAUCUGCUGACAGCAGGAGAAGUCUCACUUCCUCUGUUUUUUUUCACGGGACGAGUCUCUGUUCCCUCUCCUCUUCUUAAGCCCACACAGAUCAUGCUUAAGGUUUAAUCAUAAGCUGUCUGUCAGUGUGUUUGUGAUGUCUGGAGUCGGGACGGAGGUGUGGGGCGUCUGCCUCCUAACGCUGUGUUUUGCCUCUUUCCACGUGACUGCACUCAAACCUCAACUUUUUACCAUUCGGGGUGGAGGGCUGCCUUCCUCCUCAGAUCCCCCCAUCAGCUAUAAAACAUCUUACUUUGACCAGAAGAUUGAUCACUUUGGAUUUCUUGAAGAUGGCACGUUCAAACAGAGAUACCUCACAGCCGACCAGCACUGGCAGCGGCCAGGAGGACCCAUCUUGUUCUACACCGGGAACGAAGGCGACGUCACCUGGUUCUGCAACAACACUGGCUUCAUGUGGGAAGUUGCGGAGGAGUUGGGCGCCAUGCUGGUUUUUGCAGAACAUCGUUACUAUGGAGAGUCCUUGCCGUUUGGACCAGACUCUUUCAGUGACAGCAAGCGUCUGAACUACCUGACCUCGGAGCAGGCCCUGGCUGACUUUGCAGUGCUGAUUCAGAGCCUGAAGAAGACUUUACCGGGGGCUGAGCGGAGCCCUGUCAUCGCUGUGGGGGGGUCGUAUGGGGGGAUGCUCUCUGCCUGGUUCAGGAUGAAAUACCCCAAUGUCGUCGUCGGCGCUCUGGCAGCCUCUGCUCCCAUAUGGCAGUUCCCUGGCAUGGUGCCAUGUGGAGACUUCUACAAAGUCGUCACUCAAGACUUUGCCAAAAGCGGCUUUAACUGUGACACGAACAUCAGGGAAUCGUGGAAGGCCAUCAACAACGUCUCGUCCACAGCUCCUGGUCUUCAGUGGCUGUCGGAGGAAUUCAGUUUGUGUGCCCCUCUGAAAAACAAGAUGGAGGUCGCUGCCUUCAAGGGCUGGCUCCAGGAGACGUGGGUGAACCUGGCCAUGGUGGACUACCCCUACCCGGCCAAUUUCCUCCAGCCUCUGCCUCGCUGGCCAAUCCAGGUGGUCUGCAAGUCUCUGAGUUUUGACUCGCCUGUGUCUGACUACCAACUCCUGCACGGCGUCUCCCAAGCGGUGAAGGUCUACUAUAACUUCACCGGCGGCGCCUCCUGUCUCAACACGUCUCAGACGGCGACCGGCAGCCUCGGCGUCCUCGGCUGGUUUUACCAGGCCUGCACGGAGAUGGUGAUGCCCAUGUGCAGCGACGGCGUGCAGGACAUGUUCGAGCCCGAGGAGUGGAACUUCCAGGCCUUCUCCGACGAGUGCAGCAGCAUGUUUGGCGUCAGGCCGCGGGCCGACUGGGCUGCCACGCUGUACGGGGGGAAGGACAUCGCCUCCCACAGCAACAUCAUCUUCAGUAACGGAGGCCUGGAUCCCUGGUCAGCCGGAGGAGUGACUCAGAACCUCUCCGAUUCUCUGGUGUCCAUCAUGAUUCCUGACGGAGCCCAUCACCUGGACCUCCGCUACAGCAACGACCUGGACCCGCCCUCGGUGCGGGCUGCCCGGGCGUUAGAGGUGCAGUAUUUCCGGCAGUGGAUCAGGCAGGCUGAAAAGACUCGGUGAGCGGCAGUGACCUCUCCCAAGGUCUCAAAAAAUCCCAGGAAAACCUGCACAGCUUGGAUGUUCACAAAGAUUUUGUUUUAAAUUGUGCUGAAAUAGAAUUUCACACACUGCGCUUAUUCCAAAGUUUCUGAAUUGACACUUCACUGGAGGCAACAAGGUACUGGAUUAUCAUCAAUCUCUGAUCUGCUGGUCAC